AUAUUUUAUUACAUACCCUUUGACCUUUGACAUAAGAGUCUGAGGAGAAAGGAAAAAUCUGAUAAAUUAUGUUUAUUUUGCGUUGAUAUUAUGUCCUGCCAUUACUGGUCGAGGGAGGAAUUUAUAUCAGUAAUAUUGAGAUAUAUAUUCAAGUAAAUAAUCGAUAUUCUACAAAGAAGGAAACAUUUGAAAAUGGAUUAAGUGAUUAGUAGAACUUGAACAGAAUGGACACAAAUUUUACAGACUAGCAGACGGAGACGUUUCUGAAUUUGGUAAAAAUCCUGAGUCGGGAAACAAAAGCCAUAAAAGCACCAUGUCAUCAGUAAAGGUAGCAGUGAGGGUCCGGCCCUUCAAUUCCCGGGAAAUGAACCUCAAGUCAGAGCUCAUCAUUAAUAUGAAGGACAAGACAACUGUCAUAACCAAUCCCAAAGCGGGUCCAAAGGAUGUGAAAAAUCGCAGCUUUAAUUUCGACUACUCCUACUGGUCACACACAACACCAGAGGAUCCAAACUUUGCCACCCAGAGGCAGGUGUAUGAGGACAUUGGGGUGGAGAUGUUGGACCACACAUUUGAGGGGUACAACAUGUGCAUCUUUGCCUAUGGACAGACAGGGUCAGGCAAAAGCUACACAAUGAUGGGCAAGAGUGAGCCGGGACAGCUGGGAAUCAUCCCUCAGCUUUGUGAGGAUUUGUUUGAAAGAAUAAAAGCAGCCAAGUGUGAUGAUGUACAGUUUUCUGUGGAAGUGAGUUACAUGGAAAUCUAUUGUGAGAGAGUGAGAGACCUUCUGAAUCCAGGAAAUAGCAAAGCUUUACGGGUGAGAGAGCACCCCUUAUUGGGCCCCUACGUAGAGGAUUUAUCAAAGCUGGCUGUGCAGUCUUAUGAUGACAUAAAUAUCCUCAUAGAUGAAGGAAACAAAGCAAGAACUGUAGCUGCGACAAACAUGAAUGAAACCAGUAGUAGAUCCCAUGCAGUAUUCACCAUAAUCUUCACGCAGAGACGGAGAGACGAUGCUACCAACAUGGUGGGAGAGAAAGUUAGUAAAGUGAGUUUAGUAGAUUUAGCAGGAAGUGAGCGAGCAGACUCAACUGGAGCCAAAGGCACUCGACUCAAGGAAGGAGCUAAUAUUAACAAGUCCCUGACUACCCUUGGCAAAGUCAUCUCAGCACUCGCAGAAUUGACUAACAAGAAGAAAAAGAAGGCUGAUUUCAUUCCUUACAGAGAUUCUGUGUUGACUUGGCUACUCAGGGAAAACUUAGGAGGGAAUUCCAAAACUUUCAUGAUAGCUGCUUUGUCACCGGCAGAUGUUAACUAUGAUGAAACUCUGAGCACACUAAGGUAUGCAGAUAGAGCUAAACAGAUUAUGUGUAAAGCUGUGGUUAAUGAAGACCCUAAUGCCAAACUGAUCCGAGAACUCAAGGAGGAAGUGGCCAAACUUAGAGAAAUCUUAGUGACUGAGGGCAUCCAGAUUGGAGAAGGACUUCAGGGACUUCCUGAUCCAAAAGUAAUGACAAGAUCCAGGAAAGAUUCUUUGACAAUGGACGAUGGAGAAAAUGCCAUCGAUCGACUUCAAAUGUCAGAAAAGCUGAUAGCUGAGCUCAAUGAAUCUUGGGAAGAGAAACUUCGUAAAACAGAGGCCAUCAGAAAAGAAAGGGAGGCAGCUCUAGCAGAAAUGGGUGUGGCUCUGAAGGAAGAUGGGGGAACUAUUGGGGUCUUCUCUCCAAAGAAGUCACCUCAUUUGGUAAAUCUAAAUGAAGAUCCACUGAUGUCAGAGUGUCUGAUCUACUACAUCAAGGAAGGAAUCACAAGAGUGGGGUUGAAGGAUGCAGCCAAGAACAAUGAUAUUCAGCUAAGUGGGUCCAACAUUUUAGAGGAACACUGUCUUUUUCACAACUCUGAAGGAAAAGUGACUUUACUUUCUGUUCAGAAUGCUGUUGUGUAUGUAAAUGGGAAACAAGUCACAGAGGAUACUGAAUUACGGACUGGGGCUCGUGUCAUCAUAGGCAAACACCAUGUUUUUAGAUUCAAUCACCCAGACCAAGCUCGCCAGAGCAGGGCCCAUCUCAUUGACUUUGAUCAGAUUGAAACCGUAGGAUCAAGUGAACAAGAAGAAGCAAAGACAGAGCCUGAACAAGAAGCUGAGCCUGUAGAUUGGACAUUUGCCCAGUUAGAGUUGUUAGAGUCACAAGGCAUAGACUUAAGAAGAGACAUGGAAGCUAGACUUCAAGGUUUGGAAGAACAGUACAAGAAGGAGAAAGAGGAGGCUGAUCAGUUGUUUGAACAACAGAGGAAGGAUUACGAGACAAGAAUACAAAACCUUCAAGAAGAAGUAAUGCGACACUCCAUGAUGUCAAGUUACGCUGCUACAGAGGAAACCAUUGAAGAGGAAGAAGAAGACUUUGUGUGGACUGAGAAAGAGAAGCAGGUGGCCACAUGGGCCUUCAGAAAGUGGAAAUACCACCAAUUCACAUCACUCAGGGAUGACCUGUGGGGCAACGCCAUCUUCCUUAAGGAAGCUAAUGCAAUAAGUGUUGAACUGAGCAAAAAGGUACAGUUCCAGUUUGUACUGCUGACCGACACCCUGUAUUCUCCUCUCCCCCCCGAACUCUUCCACCCGGGGGAGAGGGAUGAUGACCGUCCCUUCCCAAGGACUGUGGUAGCUGUAGAAGUCCAAGAUACCAAGAAUGGGGCUACACAUUAUUGGAGCCUGGAAAAGCUAAGACACAGGUUGGAGCUCAUGCGAGAUAUUUACAAUGAGGAUCUGUCGCCCGACACCCCUGAAGCCAAACAGAAUUUCUUCCAAUGUCUAGCAGGCUGUGGGCCGUCACAAAACUACUUUAACUUCAUUAACCUCAUUCCCUCCAGACAGAGACUUGAGUUGAUGAGACAGAUGUACCACAAUGAGGCUGAGUUGUCUCCAACAUCACCAGAGCCAAACUUAGACACCAUGAAUGGAGGGGACCCCUUCUAUGACAGAUUUCCCUGGUUCAGGCUUGUGGGAAGAGCCUUUGUAUACUUAAGUAACCUGUUCUUUCCUGUGCCUUUGGUGCACAGAGUCACAAUUGUGAGUGAGAAGGGGGAGGUUAAAGGAUUUCUCCGAGUGGCUGUACAGGCAAUGACAGAAAAAGAAGAAACUCCUGACUACACACCUGGUAUCAGACAAUCUGGAAAUGCCAAAAUUACAUUUAAUGACAAUGACUACUUCAAAAAGAAACAGCUGUUUAAAGACUUAUCCUCGCAGACAGCACCAUCUACAGAAAAUCUCAGAUAUGUUGAAGGUGAAGGUCAGAGUCCCGACAACUCCACCAUUACUUCAGAGCCAUACAUCUGUGAUCAGAAAACUAAAUCCGUGGAUCUGUUCCCGGACAUAGAUGAGAAGGAGUUACCAGGACACCUGAAGGUUGAUACUCAGUUCCAGUUUCGAGUCACCAUUCUAGAGGCUUCUGGGAUUGCCUCCGAAUAUGCUGAUAUCUUUUGCCAGUUCAACUUUUUACAUCGGCAUGAUGAAGCUUUCUCAACAGAACCUUUGAAAAAUGGUGGAAAGAGUCAUCCCUUGGGAUUCUAUCAUGUACAAAAUUUUACAGUUUCGGUGUCCAAGUCCUUCAUAGACUACAUUAAAACACAGCCACUUGUGUUUGAAGUGUUCGGACACUAUCAACAGCAUCCAUUGUAUGAACAAGCCAGAGAAAUUCCUUAUAAUGUCCGACCAAGGCCAAAACGUAAUUUCCCUCCCAUGAUUCCAGUGUCCAAACCAGUUCCUUCUCCUAAAUAUGGUGUGCUGACUCCACCACGAGUUAAAAAGUCACAAAAACGUGAUUUAUUAAUUGAAGUAAAGAAAGUGAACAAAGAAGGGUAUUACGAUUCGGGUCGCAGUUUGGAGUCCCCUCUCUCUCCUGGUUCAAACUGUAGUCACAUACAUUCCAGAUUCGACCUUCUUGUUUGGUUUGAGAUUUGCGAACUAGCACCUAAUGGAGAGUAUGUACCUUGUGUUGUGGACCACAGUGAUGACCAGCCAUGUGCUGGCCUGUUUAUGCUCCACCAGGGCAUUCAGAGAAGGCUAGCCAUCACUAUAAUGCAGGAACAAAGUCCAGAAAUUGACCUUAUUUGGAAGGAUGUAAAAGAACUGGUUGUUGGUCGAAUCCGGACAACUCCCGAGUACCAUGAGGUAGACAAUGAGACUUCUGUGCUGUCACUCAAUCUUUUCCCCGCCUCCUACAUACAAUAUCCAGGCGAUGACAGAAUAUAUUUUCGUUUUGAGGCUGCAUGGGAUAGCUCUCUUCAUAAUUCACAUUUGCUGAAUAAAGUCACUGCAUCCGGGGACAGAAUCUAUAUGACUCUCUCUGCCUAUAUUGAGGUGGAAAACUGCCAGCAACCUGCCUGUAUUACCAAAGAUUUGAGCAUUGUCAUACACUCCAGAGACACCAAAAUAUCUACCUCAAGGACUCUUAGGAGUCUGUUUGGAGGAAGCAAGUCUGUGGAUGCUAACCGUGUGAGUGGUAUUUACGAGUUGUUCCUGCGGCGAGCCUCAGAAUCAGGUAGUCCAGGUGCCCAGAGAAGACAGAGACGAGUGUUGGACACCUCCUCCACCUAUGUCAGGGGGGAGGAGAACCUCAAUGGCUGGAGACCCAGAGGGGACUCGCUUAUAUUUGACCAUCAGUGGGAACUGGAGAAACUCACCAGGCUUGAAAUGGUGGAGCGAUCUCGACAUGUUUUACUUUUGAGAGAGAAACUUGCUGAACAGAACAAAACUAAUGAACUUAGCAAACUGGACAAGGAAGCCUCUAAUAAGUCAGUGAAAGCCAAACAUGAUCAAGAAAAAGAGGAAAUUCUAAAUAAUGCCAUGAAUUCUGAAGACAAAUCCAUAGAGAAAUGGGAGAAAGACGAUGCCACAGAGAAGUAUGAGCGGCAAGGUCAUGGUGUGUUCAACUUUACAACAGACGGGAGCAGGGAGCAAGAACUGACGGCAAAAUGUCUGCGACUUAUCCUGCAAGGAAAAAAUUUGAUGAACCCACCAACUCCAAAGCUUCUAUCCCAGAUGACCGAGUCAUUAGUCAGUAACACCACCACAGACAGCGAGGCUGACAUGACUCCGAGUGACCAGUCUAUGAUUACCAGCAUUGCUAGUUCUUCUGCGUCAGAUUUAUGCCGACAUGCUAAUCCCCAACUUCCUAGUAUCCAAGUGUCAAAGUCAUGUGACAGUUUGACAACCAGCUCCAAUGCUGAGGUGUGUGACCGUAAGUUCUCCCUGCCAAUCAAACCCAGCCACACAGACUUGGAUGACAAUUACAUUCCACUGGUGGACGAAGUUAGGGUCAGUCCCGUUGUGUCCAGGAAAGGCUAUCUUAACUUUCUGGAGGAGAAACACACAGGCUGGGUCAAGAAAUGGGUGAUUGUGCGCAGACCAUACAUAUAUAUCUACAAUUCUGAGAAGGAUCCUGUGGAACGAGCCAUCAUCAACCUCGCAACGGCCCAGAUCGAGUACAGUGAAGACCAGCAGUCACUACUAAAGGUCAGAAACACUUUCUCUGUUCUAACAAAACACAGAGGAUUUUUAAUGCAGACAUUAGAUGACAAAGAUUUCCACGACUGGCUGUAUGCUCUGAAUCCACUCCUGGCAGGACAAAUAAGAUCGACUUUGUCAAGGAGAAAGCUGCCAAUGAAUAUAUGAGGAGAAAAAAAGCAGAUUAGAGCUGCAUGAAUUCUGUGAACUUUUAAACAAGCAUUCAUUUCACCCUCAACAAACUAUGGAAGAGUGUAGGAUUAGAUCUGAAAAGAGCAGAUAACUCAUCCCCUAUUUGUCAUUUUAACUCUUUUAUGUGUAGAACAAAAAAAAUGUUACCAAAACUUCUGAUGUAUUAAUGAUUCCAGAGGAUGGUGAUAUGUUACCUAGCGUUGACAUGAGCACUGUUGUGAUAUGAACAAGGAUGUUUGUUAUUUAUUGAUAGUAUUUACCGUUGUCAAUGGCGUUAUCUCAUGCAUUAUACCCAUAAAUCAUCAUGUGUAUUGUUAUCAUGAUAAUCUCAUCAAGUGAACCAUGGUUUUUUCAUUGUGUCUGUAAUAAGAGUGAUUGUCGUCUGCCGUCUUCAGCGUCGACUGCUACUGUCAGAUACUGUAUUACACUGGCAAAAGAUUAGUGUAAUUUUCACAUCUUUUUAAAAAAAAAAGCAAAAGGAAAAUUACAUUGAAACAACUGCAGAAAAUGGACUGAUAUAUAUUUUGCAGCUUUUGUGUGUAUUUUACAUUAAUUUGAAUUUGACUUAAAAUGAUGGAUAUUGAGGUCAGAUAGAUUUAAUUUCUUAUUCUAGUACAUGUACAACAGUUAUGUACUUCAUGUCAGGGUGUCGAUUGAUAAGUGUUGCUAAUGGUUUAGUUUGCAAAAUACAUCACUACUUUAUUUCUAGUCAUUCAAAGUUAGUAUGUGUUCAUUAAUUUUAGAAAUGUGUGUCGUAACAUCAUUAGUAAAAAGAUUGGGUAAAUUCUCAAGUACAUGUACUAUGUAAUGGAUUAUUUCAGUAAUAGCUAAAUGUUGUCAAAUAUAGAGACAUAUGAAAGAUCGUGAAAUAAUACUGAUACUACAUGUAUAUUGCAGAAUUGACAUGACUAGAUGUUGAACCCCUGUCUGUAUGUUACUGGCCCCAAGUCGUAAAUUCUGCAUGGCUGCAGUACAGACUCUACAUUAUUUUACAAAGUUAGCAGGUGCUGUACAGAAGUACUGUCAAAUCAAUCAUCAAAUUUACAUUAGUUAAACAUCUAUAGCAUCAUUAUGUCUGACUCAUUUUAUGUCUGAUUCAUUUAAAUAUUAUCUUAUAUAUGAUUUAUGUAGUAUAUUAUAUAUAGUAGAUUAUAUUAGGGACAGUUUCUUCUACCUUAGUUUUUUGAUUAGCUCCUUUUAUCAUGGUGGCUAUAAUUUGAUUGGGGAAAGAUUUUCGUCAUAAGAUAUUGAGAAUGUUUACAGUAGUCCUUGUGUGAGUGUGUGUGUGGAGAGAGAUGUUAAUUCCAUACUGAUAUGAUUUCAUGGCAGACUGACUUAGUAAAGCUUGACUCCCUUCGGUCCUCUUUCAGUCCCAUGCCCUACCCCGAGAACUGCAUGGUUAGGCUACUAUCUUCGAUGAUGGGGUUUCUAUAUCUUCUCAAUUAGACUUCAACUCUUUAACCCCCCCCCCCCCCCCUUCUAUUUCACUUAUCAUUCAUGAUAUUGCUGAUUUUAUAUAUCCCAAUAUCUACAAUAUUCUCCUUGUGUGUGUGUAGGAAUCUCGCAUCUUGUGACUUUCCGAGCUUCCCUGAUAUAAAUAAACGUGUAUUGAUUUUAGCCAUACUGUUCUUGAAACCACCUUCAUAUGGAGUGAAUUUGCAUCACAUCAAGCAAAGAAGAUUGUGCUACACUUUUCUAUUAAAUGUCAGUAUGAUGCGAUUCUUUUAAUAUAUCCCAUGAUUUCAAAACUGCAAUGGUUUGCUAAGAAACAUUUUCACUGACCUAGGUAGUCAUUCAUAUCAUGUUAUAGUUGUGAAAUACUUUGUUAAUUUUGUUUGUUUGUUUUGUUUUUUUAUAUACAUUUAAUUUAUAUCAUAUCUUGUGCAAUAUUACCAUUCAGGUAUGUUUAUAUUUAUUUUUAUACUUGUUUAUCAUUUGAAUUUCUUCAAGUGGAAAGGAUUAAACAAACGGCAAUCAGAAUACUGUGAAAUUCAUUUAACUUUCAGUGCAGCAAAAUGUUUUAGGUAUUUUGAUACUAAAGAAUGGAGUCUUGAUUAUCAGCAUUCAAAUGAAAUUCAUUUUCAAAAAUUGAGGAUCUUAAUUUCAACUCACUCCCUACUUAAUGUGUAUCAUUUGCAGAACAAAUAUUUUCAUCUUUAUAUCCUUAGAGCAGCAUCUAUAAUAUUAAAGUUGAAAACAAGUUGGGGGGGGGGGGGUGGGGGGGGUUGUCAGGGAAAAUUAGAUAACUCUAAUUAAAGCUACAUUUAUCUUCCUAUUUUACUCCAUUUUAUGCCUUGAUGCUUUGAAUAAAAAAAAAAAAGACCAUGGUUUGAUGUUGGGUGUUGUUGAUUUGUUAUGAAAUACAAAAAGAGAUGCGAAUCUAGUAAUCUAAAAUUUUAUAUCUGGUCUUUAGAGAUAAGAAAAAGAUAAUGACUUUCAAAUGACCAUGACACAAAAUCAAGGAUGAUGACAUAUACUGUAUUCAUGUAUCUUAACAUUGUAGAAGCCAGUUUUAGAAGUUUCUUGGCAAAAGAAGUGUAAGACUCCAUCCUUUAUUUACAAAUUUGGGAGAUGUUAUUUAACCAGAAAUGUAUGCAUGUCCUUUUACAAAGAGUGCAAGUUUUGUCCCUUUUAUGCAUAUUUUAGAUAUUUUGGCAUAUGUUGGCCAUUAGCAAAAAAGCUGCCUUGAAAGAUAAAUGUUUUCACUGUACAUGUUGUAACAUGAAUAGUGUUAAUGCAAAGAAGCUCUCUGUGGAGGUAUGGAAUCGUACCCACACGGAGUGCUUCCUGUGAAUGUCUUCAUUCCACUAUGUUACUCUUCUGUGAAUUCCAUAGGUUAGAGUGUUGUGAAUUCCAAUGUGAGGGUAAUUCAAAGUGGUCUUGUUCCAACAGUUCAAAAUAUGAGUGUGUUUUUUGUAGGUUUAUGUAUUGAUUUUCAAAGUAUGAUAAAAUUAAAACUGAUUUACUAUAAUGGAAUCUGCCAAAGAUUUUUUACUGGUUUUAAACACAAGUUUUAAAUUCACAUCAUUUGAAUAACAAAAUUCAUUACUGCUGUUGUGCCUGAUAAUUAUUAUAUGUAUGCUGGUUGUGUUUGAAACACUUAAUUUAGAUUUGGCAUUGUUUUAUAUACAAGUUUGCUAAGAUAGAAAUAGACCUGUACAAAUAGGUCCCUCUUUCAUGAGUUGAAACAGACUAGUACAAAUAGGUCCCUCCUUUACGAGUUGAAACAGACCAGUACAAAUGGGUCCCUCCUUCAUGAUCUGAAACAUACCAGUACAAAUAGGUCCCUCCUUCAUGAUCUGAAACAGACCAGUACAAAUAGGUCCCUCCUUCAUGAUCUGAAACAGACCAGUACAAAUAGGUCCCUCCUUCAUGAUCUGAAACAGACCAGUACAAAUAGGUCCCUCCUUCACGAGUUGAAACAGACCAGUACAAAUGGGUCCCUCCUUCACGAGUUGAAACAGACCAGUACAAAUAGGUCCCUCCUUCAUGAUUCAUGAGUUGAAACAGACCUGUUGAGAUAGGUCAUUUUCUCAUGUCUCGACUUUUCCCUCUUGUACUCACUUCGUGUUGUAAAUCCCAUAGAAAUGCAGGUUUUCUUUGUGGAUUGCUAUCCUGCUGUUUGGUUUGUUGUAAACAAUCUCCUAACAUUUUAUCAAUACAUAUAAUUUGUCAAUCUUGUUUAGCAUGAUAUGUUUGUUUCCGGUAUAUAUUGAAGGUCUGAUAUAUCACACAUGCGAUACCUUGAUAUUGUGGACUGGCAUCGAUCCCUCGCACGAUCUUCCCUGUUCAGUACAGGUGAUAUUCUGUUCUUCUGAGACAGGUUUCUAAUAACUCUAUGUGUUUUGGAUCUUUUUGAGAUGGUAUUUUAGGUCAAAAUACAUUUCUCACAGUAAAUCAUCUUGAAGAAAACACAGACCUACAGUUGAUUAAUUCAAUUUGAUCAUACACACACACUCAAAGUUUACAAAAUCAUUCUACAUCACAAGUUCAGCAUGAGUAUUGGUUAUUUCAUUUAGAUUGCAAAAAGUGUAAACUUUUAAGGUUUAUUUUUAUCAUCGAAUUUUUGAAGCUUUCCUAUUGUUGUGUCUUUAAUGGAAAAUCCCACCAGUUUUAUAAAUUGUAGGAUCAAUGAUAUACAUGUUUAUUACUGUAUAAUGAUUUAUGUAAAUUUUACGAUUUAUUUUUUCUUGUAAGAGUCAUGACAUACUAAAUGAUACAGUUAUUAUGGUACAUAAUGUUUGGUGCAUAUUUAGGAAACUUGCAGAAUUUGUUUUCUAAAUUAGUCUAUUACUGAACUAUAAUAGCCAAAGGUAUUAAUCCAAGUGUUUUAAGACAUAUUGAAAAAAAAAUGUACAUCUUUACAAUGCAUUCCUAUAUUGUAUAGUGUAUACAUAUUAUACAAGGCCAGAUGAAUUAUGUUCGUUAAUGUUAAACUGUUUGAGAACAAAUAUCGGUGUACAAAGAGUACAAUUGUUCUUCCCAAUAUGGAUAUUUAAAUAUUUCAGUGAAUACGAGUUCCAUGAAACAAUCUAAUUACUUAUUGAUUUAUCAGGUUCUUGACAAAGCAAACUGAAAUGAAAAUCAUGUGUAAAUGAAAUUUAUUUCUCAUUGACACAAUUUAAUUGUUGAUCAAAUGGAUUAGAUUUUUGUUAGCUUUAUAGACAUUAUUGCAAUUCUUAAAUAAUAUUUUAACAAUGUUUGGAGUACUAAUCUUUAAAUAAAUCGAAUGUUAUAGUCAUAAAUAAAUUCCAGAUCUGAUAUUCCGUAACAAAGAUAACUGCACUCAUGCUUUAAAGAUGCUCUAAAGAUGAACUUCUAAUUUCUUGGUAUAGGCAAAAUAUAGAAAAAAAUCAGAUGAAGAUUUCACAGAUGAAAUCUUCAUCUGAAUAUUUUCUCUAUUGUAUAUAUGCUAGGGUUGAUCAACCAUAAAAAUUGAAGGUUUGGCCUUUUCCAAGGGUGUUAAAUUUGUUUGUUAAUGAUGUCAUCAUGAAAGUUAGAAUCUGAAGUUUUAGUGAUUUUUUUGUGUGUACUGACAUGAAUACAGUGUUUGCAGAUGAAAAUGGACUCUAUAUGCUUUAAUUUGUUAUGCUUCUUGCAGUAAUAAAUUACAGAUAAAUUUAUAUAGCA